AUGAGCAAGACACUAGACACUUCCAAGCGUGACCAGACCAUCAACCUCGGUGCUGGUCCCAGCUCCCUCCCCACCUCGGUCCUUCUCGAGGCUGCUCAGGGCAUCCUCGACUUCGACGGCACCGGUAUGGGUCUCGUCGAGCUCUCGCACCGAUCCAAAACAUUUCAAAAGCUGAUGGACAAGACCGAAGCCGAUUUGCGAGCUCUGCUCAGCGUGCCCGACUCGCACGCCGUCCUCUUCCUCCAAGGUGGCGGAACCGAACAGUUUUCUGCCACCGCUCUCAAUUUGCUUGCCGCGCACGCGAUCAAGAACCCAGAUUACUUCAAGUUGAACGGCAACAAGGGUCCUCCCUGCGACUAUGCCGUGACGGGAUCGUGGACGGCCAAAGCGGUCAAGGAAGCGGCUCGUCUGGGUGCUACCACCAAUGUCGCCGUGGACGCACGCAAAGUCGAAGGUGCGAAUGGCAAGUUUGGCUCCAUCCCUCCCAUCAGCGAAUGGAAGUUGAGCCCGGCUGAAAGCAAACCUGCCAUGCUCUACUACUGCGACAACGAGACGGUCGACGGUGUCGAGUUCCCCAACCCGGGCUUCCCCAUCGACCAGCUUCCCGACGAAUACCGCAAGCAGGUGCCUCUCGUAGCCGACUGCUCCAGCAACAUCCUCUCUCGACCCAUCGACGUCGCUUCCCACGCCAUCGUCUUCUUUGGUGCGCAGAAGAACGUCGGCCCCUCCGGCACCACCGUCGCCAUCGUCCGAAAAGACCUCAUCGUCGACCCCGACCUCGGCGUGCCCCACGGCGGUCCUCGCAUCCCCACCACCCUGGUCUACAAAAACAUGCUCGACAACGCUUCGCUGUACAACACUCCACCCAUGUUUGCCAUCUACGCCUCCGGUCUCGUCUUCGACGACCUCUUGCGCAACAAGGGUGGCGUACCAGGUGCAACAGAACGAUCGGAGAAGAAGGCUUCUCUCAUCUACGGUUUGAUCGACAACAGCAACGGCGUGUACUUGCCGACAGUGCGACAGGCGUCGGCGAGAAGUAGGAUGAACGUCACCUUCCGCAUAUCGAGGGCGGGGGAGAACAAGCCGGAUGAGGCGUUGGAGGAGGCGUUUGUGAAGAGGUGUAGUGAAAGCCAGAUUGUCCAGGUCAAAGGCCACAGGUCGGUGGGCGGUAUUCGAACCAGUCUGUACAAUGCGGUGACGGUGGAGCAGACGCAGAAGCUGGCAGAUGUCAUGACGAGCUUUAUGGAGGAUGUCAAGGCUGGCAAGCUUUGA